CUCGGUGCUCGCAGCUUGCUAGCCAGCUUCUUCCCUCUUUCCUUGCAAUUUAUUGUCCUUUUUUAUGCAGAACACAGUGAAUAGGAAUUUCAUAGACUUGGUCGGUGGACUUCGCAGUCGCUACAACUACUAAUGUCGCCAUUCCUCACCAGCAGAUCAACAUCUGUUGCUAUGAGAUUGAUCGUUUUCGUGCGCCGUUACAACAGAUUGUUCUGUCAUUAAUCCUCCGUGACAUGCUCUCGCAAUCUUUGAAGCGCAUUACUUCGUCGCGAGCAAGUUAAGACCAGUGUUGACUUCGAGAAUGGAAAUUGCAACUUGAGCAGAGGGUGCAUAAGAUUAGUUGUAAUUGUAUCGUUGAAUGUGCUGAGAGUGCACUUGAUAUACCUUCUUGCCUCAGCUGUACACAAUCGAUCCAAAUAGCCUGACGUUUCGAAAGAAUUGCACGGAAGUAUUUUGAGUGCCGUCUUUGAUUAGUUGCUAUCUGUUAGUAAAUUCGUCGACUGUACCGUUGGAAGCACGCUUUCCUGAGAUUUAAAAAUGGCUAAUGCCUUGCCCCGGUGAAUGCGGCGGUGGUCUCACACGAUUGAGUUCAGUUCGGAAAUCAACAACACCAAGCUAGCAUCUCGAUUUGUUUAUUGAGGUGUGUGGUGCGACAUUAUUUCUGAAUGACUGGGACGUUCUCCUUUUUCUUCCUCAAAUCGAGGAAUAUCCGGUAGCUAUUCAUCUUUGAGCUUUCGACUGCUCUCUUCUUGGUGCAAAGAAGGUUGUUCACUGCGAAUCUUCACAUUUCGUGCCAUGGCACCCCUUCUGAAAUCGAACGUGAUAUCAUUUAUGCCUGAGGUCAUGCCAUGCAAAUCUCGGAUGUGGCCUUUAACGUAUCCACGUUUUGAAAGGGAUGAGACGUGCAUAGAAAGUAUGCAUGGCCAUAAGAUUCCCGAUCCAUAUCGACCAUUGGAAGUUCCGAAAGCCAGGGCAACGCAAGAAUUUAUAGCUAGCCAAGUGGAAUUGACCAAGUCUGUGCUGUCGACAUGUGACACGAAAGAGAAGCUAAGAGAACGGAUUACCGCUGUCUAUGAUUAUCCCAAAUCUUCAUGCCCCUACAGGCGAGGGAACAAAUGUUUUUACUCUCAUAAUAGUGGAUUGCAAGCUCAAAGCGUACUCUACAUGCAGGAUAGUUUAGACGGGGAGGCCGAAGUGUUGCUGGACCCAAAUACUUGGAGUGAGGAUGGCACCAAAUCCUUGGAAAUCAUGAAAUUCAGUAGUAAUGCUGAAUAUCUGGCCUAUGGACAGAGCUCUAGUGGGAGUGACUGGAUCACCAUCAAAGUAAUUCAUGUGGCAGACAAAAUCACGCUCGAUGACACCCUUUCAUGGGUGAAGUUCUCAUCCUUGGCGUGGACGCAUGACAACAGAGGCUUCUUCUACAACCGUUAUCCAAAACCUACUAUGAACGAGAUUGAAGACGAAGGCACUGAGACAGAUUCAAACCUCUUCCAAGAAUUACGUUAUCACUUUCUGGGAACUGACCAAAGUCAAGAUAUACUGUGUUGGAGAGAUUCUGAACAUGCUCAAUGGUUUUCUCGUGCAGAGAUUACUGACGAUGGCCAGUACUUGGUGUUAUCCAUUGAAGAGAGUUGUGACCCAGUCAACAGACUAUACUACUGCAAUCUUUCCACUUUGCCUCAAGGACUGGAAGGGCUGAGACAAAACAAGGAACAUCUUCCUAUGAUAAAACUGAUUGAUAACUUCGAUGCUCAGUAUGAGCUGGUUGCUAAUGAAGGAUCACUUUUCACCUUCUUAACCAACAAGGAUGCACCCAAGAAUAAAUUGACAAGGGUUAGUCUUGAUGAUCCAUCUUCUUGGAAGGAUGUGGUACCAGAAUCGGAAAGUGAUGUCCUUACAUCAGCUGACCUGGUUAAUAGACAGCAGUUAGUCUUAUGCUAUAUGAGUGAUGUAAAACAUCUGCUUCAGUUGAAUGACCUUCAAAGCGGUCAUUUGCUUCAGAAAUUACCUCUUGAAAUUGGCUCAAUAUGCGAAAUUUCAAGUAGACCAGAAGAUGCUGAUUUCUUCUACAGUUUCACAAGCUUUCUCACCCCUGGAAUUAUCUACCGAUGCGAUUUGAGUUCUGGAACUCCUGAUUUAUCAGUGCUGAAGGAGACUAAAAUUGCCAAUUGGGAUAGAUCAUUGUUUGAGAUUCGCCAGGAAUUUGCGACAAGCAAGGAUGAGACUAGAGUGCCUAUGUUUGUGGUUGCGAAAAAAGGUCUGGUCCGAAACGGAGAUCAUCCAGCUGUACUCUAUGGGUAUGGAGGCUUCAACGUCAGUCUGAUGCCAUAUUUCAGUGUGUCUCGGCUGGUGUUAGUCCAGCAUUAUGGAGCAGUAGUUGCAACUGCAAAUACCAGGGGUGGAGGAGAAUAUGGAGAGAAGUGGCACAAGGCUGGUGCUCUAGCAAAUAAACAAAACUGUUUCGAUGAUUUCAUUGCAUGUGGCGAACACUUGAUAAAAGAAGGAUAUACGCAAAAUAAAAAGUUGUGCAUUGAAGGUGGGAGUAAUGGAGGUUUGCUGGUGGCUGUCUGCAUCAAUCAGAGACCGGAUUUGUUUGGGUGUGCUUUGGCCCAUGUGGGUGUAAUGGAUAUGCUCCGAUUUCAAAAAUUUACUAUUGGUCAUGCGUGGAUUUCAGAUUAUGGUUGUGCUGAUAUUGCAGAGGAAUUCGACUGGCUGAUCAAGUAUAGCCCAUUGCAUAAUGUGAAAAGACCAUGGGAAAAUGGUACCAAGUCUAUUCAGUAUCCCGCUACCAUGCUUUUUACAGCAGAUCACGAUGACCGAGUUGUUCCCUCACAUUCAUUGAAGCUUCUCGCUACAUUGCAGUAUGAACUUUGCACGAGUUUGGACAACAGCCAGCAGACAAAUCCAAUAAUAGGAAGGAUUGAAACAAAAGCUGGUCAUGGAUCUGGUCGCCCAACCAUGAAAAUUAUAGAUGAAAUGGUGGAUGCCUACUCGUUUUUUGCAAAAAUGACGGAUUCUGCUUGGAUUGAAUGACACAAUUGAUGUAUAUAGCCACUGAACACUCACACCAAUCUCUUGUAUGACUUCUACGAUUUUUGUAAUAUUAUUAUUCUUUACAUUAAUAAAGAAUAUAUAAAAACAA